AUGUCUGGGACAUCGUUUUUGCCGAAACACAUUGCUAGGUUUCGCCACGUUAGGUUCUUUCGUGCCACAUCGAGACGCCUUACGAGCGUUAAUGUUGCGCCUCUAAAUGACGGAGAUUCUGGAAAGACAGAGUCUUUGAAAGACUUGAUUGAUGAUCUUACUGGAAAUGUUGUGCAUGCACCGAGAAACAAGAAGAUUAAUGCUCUUGUUUUUCGGAUAUCAAAAGCGGCUUCUGUUCGUUCCUUACAGUCGAUAUGUGAGGAAGCGGAAAGGCCACUUAGUGGUGAGGUAGCUUCUGCGCUACUGGGACGGUUGGCUACUCUGAAUCGGGAAGAAAAUAAAGGAGAGCAACAGUCUUUAGGUGUUCUGAAAACAGUAAACAGACAGUUAUUACGGGACGUCAAAGACGCACUGUGCACUGACAUUAGUUCGAAAGUAGUUUUGGACUCACUCUGUGCUUUCUUGAAUCUUGGAAUUGACAAAGGAGAAAUGUUUAACAAACUUUUUUCUUUGCUAGAACAGCAGGUUCUUUCAAACCCCUCCGAUGUCCCAAUAAUGAAUCUUGUUAAGUUACACAAUUCGUUUCGCAACAGUGGUUUCCAAUUACCAGAAGAGACGAAGAAACUUUUAGAUGAUGUCAUCGAAUUGAAAACAAGCGAAGUGAGCACUCCUUCGGAAGUUCUUUUUUUGAUGAUGAACUGUUAUGUUUCUCCUGCUUGGUUCGACUCUCUUCUACUGAGGGUGAAAGAAAUUCUCCCAUUAAUGCAGCUAGGUGAUUUAGUGUCUUUGAUGCGACUGCUAGCGGAAAGAAAAAAAUUUGAUAUUAGCAUUCUUCCACUUAUCGCUGCUGCUUUGACUGCGGACCCUUCUCAGUUAUCGGUAAACCAGUUGACAUCUCUAACUACUUCAGUAGCUGUCCUGCAUAUGAAAGAUGCUCGCUUGCUGCGUAAAUUAGCAAAUAAUGUUGUUCAGAACGCUUCCUCGUUUAGGAAAUGGUCCCAAAUUACUUCAAUUGUUGUACCAUUUGCAAGAAUUCGGUUUGGACAUCUCAAGGCUUGGGAGGUCCUUACCACUUGGAUAAAUGAAAAUUAUAAGGAGGCUGGAGUAGCCGAGUUGUCCAAGACAGUUACAGCUUGUGCAUUAUGUGGUAAAGGACAUCUGAUCAAAGCUGCAGCAGAACAUUUAGCCGAAAAAUUAAACAUUGUGCAAACUCCUUCAGCAACAGUGUGGCUUAAUUCGAUUAGUGCACUUGCAGCUUGUGAAGCUUUAACUCCAUCUCUUGCAGAAACUGUUUUAAGGCCAGAGUUCUUAAAGCAGUUCUUGAAUAAGAACAAUCCUGCCGGAGGAAUUUUCAAUUUGUCCAGGAUAGCUCAAAUCCAGGCUUAUGCACAGUGCUUCUUGAAGGGGGCUUAUAAAGGUCCCGUAAUGAAGCUGGAGGAUUAUUUGAAGCUGGAUAAAGAUGUGAAUGAAACUGCGGCGGUCAUAAAAUACGGUUCCCAAGGGAUAUAUGACGCUGGAGUUUUCCGCAACAUAGUUUACAAGUUGGCUCCACUGGAUUCGCAUUGUAUUGGUCCUUUCCUGAGCUCUGAUGGAUUUUUUGUUGAUGGAAUAGUACAGCUUGAUGAGAAUUCUCGGUUUGUCCGAAUUGAAAACUUCGAGAGCCGUAAAAGACCUGUGCUUGUUUUAGUUUUCCUUGGUCCAAGACAGUUGACAAUUUCCUGUGAUGCAGGUGAUGAAUUAUAUCCACUUGGCCCGAUCGAGUUAGGUCUCAAGCUGUUGAGAAAGAAAGGAAUGGUGCCAGUAACUUUCACAGAGUUUGAAAUGCAGUCGAAAAAGUACUUAGCACAGAAGAUUGAAUUUGUGAGGAGCAAACUGGUAGACGCUGUUAAAAAAAGUAGCUCGUUAAACCAGUGA